AUGGCAGCUCCCGCCACAACCACAAUUAAGAACCUCACCGGACAGUGGCAGAUGGACACAACUCUGUCCGACCCCACCGACUCCAUCCUCUCUCUGCAAGGUAUGAGCUGGUUCCUCCGCAAAGCUCUCCCCUACGCCACCGUAACUCUUCACGUGAAGGAGUACGCCGAAGAGGCCAACCCGCUGGUUUACCACAUCGAUGUUGACCAGGUGAUCACUGGCGGUAUCAAUGGAACCCAGGAACGGCGCCAGCUUGACUGGGAGCAGCGUGAUCACACCGAUAACAUCUUCGGCACGCUUCACGGCCGCUCGCGAUUCAUUCGCGGUGUAAAGGGUGCCGACGGCAAGGUUCGCCCAGCCGUCGAGAUUCAGACUAAGGUCGGUGAUGCGGCGGCGGAUGAGAAAGCGGGGAAGUUCCUUCGCGGCGAGAUUUUAGCAGAUGGCUCGGCUUCAGAGGGAUACCUUGUUGAGGACGAGGGUGACGAGUUUGGCGAAGGCGAAGGAUUGUAUGUGCAGAGCUGGGUUGUGAAUGAGGAGAGCGGCUGGACCGCUGAGCAGAUCUGGGGCUUCGAGUUGAUUAAUGGCUCCCUGCGCCACCACUCUCGUCGCGUUGCUGUCACCAAGGGUAAUGGGCAUGUCGAGUUGGCACGACUUGUUUACGUCUGGCAGAAGCCUACGGCUUCAGAGUAG